GAGAAAUUCUGCAUUUGAAACUUCGAUUCAUGUAUUUAGAUUCAAUAUAAUGGUUGGAAUCUAAAUAGUAACAACCAGUAGAGAUAUUUAUUUGUAGGAAGUGUUGGUUUGUUUUCAGAGGUAGAAUCUCCACAACAGGCAGAACUAUGGAAAUAUUGUCAACCUGCAAUUUCAAACCAAAUGUGUUAGCCAUAAUAUCUAUGUGCUUGUUAGCUAGUGAAACGGGAGUGAGCUUUAGCGGAUUCGGCUGGAAGAAAGGAACUACGAAAUCGUGCACUUCUCACAAUAAUAAACUUCUUUCAAUACUAAAUAUUCUGUGCAAUACUACACAAACUACAUCAAUACAAACUCGGGACGCUUGCUAUGGAUGCUUUUUCCGAGCCGGGAGUCUAUCUACGGCAACAACACAAUUACAAUCAUUGAGUCAAUGUGCAACUAUUUAUCUAAAUAAUACAGAAUAUGCAUCAUGUACUGCUCAACUCCAGAUUUCAGGACCGAUAUCUCUUACACGUGCUGGCUGUAAUAAUGGCUACUGUAACUUCGUUCAGUGUGUUCGCAGGAUAAAUGCAAACAACCUCAUAGAUGGAUGUUUCACUGAAAAUUUACCGAAUCGUGAUCUGACAACAGAAGCAGGACGAGUGAGUUUAUACACGAAUGUGACAGGAUGCAUAUUAGCCAGAGCACGCUGUAGCCAGUAUAACCCGAUUACAGGCGAACUACAAAAUCAAGUUUCUAUUACACAAUAUGGACGCAACAUUGAUAAAUUAUUUGGAGGAUUAAUUAACCAAGCUGCACUUUAUAAUUCUCUACAGAUAUCUACUACGGGGGAUUUACGAAUAAUCUCAUUCCCGGCUACAGUAAGUGUAGCUGAUUUAUUUUGUUCACGAACAGCUGGCUUAGAGCAGACUGGGUACGGAACCAGCAUUUGUUAGCAACAGCCAGCAAUUUGCUUAAGUAGAUUUAAGGUUCGAAAUCGUCAAUAAAUCAUUGCAUCAA